AUGAAGGGGAGGCAAAGCAUAUUGGUCUUAGAACCGAAAGGGCCAAAAGUAACUCUCUUCCCCUUCUUCUCCACCUCUCACCAUACACUCUCUCAUCAUUCUUCAAUGGCUGCUGCAAUCCAAGCCACCAAGCAACAAAAGUUACCCCUUCAACACAACCAACAAGACCCAAAUAAGUUUUAUUACCAUUUCCUCUACAAAGCCACCCUCGUUCUCAUCUUCUUCGUUAUUCUCCCCCUGUUUCCCUCGCAAGCUCCUGACUUCAUCAACCAAUCGCUCCUCACCAGAAACUGGGAACUCCUCCACCUUCUCUUUGUCGGUGUCGCUAUCUCCUACGGCCUUUUCAGUCGCCGAAACCACGAGACAGAGAAAGAGAAUAACAACUCAAAGUUUGACACCGCUCAAACUCUUGUCUCUAAAUUCCUUCAGGUCUCUUCCUUCUUCGAGGACGAGGCUGAAAACCCGGUUGACUCCAAUGAAACCAAAGUGCACACGUGGAGCAACAAACACUACAGGAACGAACCUGUGGUUGUGGUUACUCCACAAUUGAAAAAGCUUUCUAGUUUUGAUGACCAGAGUGGGGACAAGCCUUUGCUUUUGCCUAUCCGAAGCUUGAAGUCUCGCUUGUCCGAUGAUGAUAAAGAUGUUGAUGUUCAAUCUCUAAAUAGGUCAAUGAGUUCUAGAAGGUUUUCAAGCAAUUUGAAUAGAAUAGCAGAAGUUGUUGAAGCUGAUGGCGUAGGUGCUGGUGUUGAUGUUGAUGUUCAAUCUAUGAAUAGGUCAACAAACUUCAAAAGAUUUCCAAGCAAUUCAAAUAAAAGUGCUGAAUUUGAAACUGGUGCUAUUGAUGUUCAAUCUCUAAAUAGGUCGAUGAGUUCCAAAAGGUUUUCGAGCAGCUCGAAUAGAACAGCAGAAGUUGAAGCUGAUGAUGUUGAUGUUCAAUCUCCAAAUAGGUCAACAUCUUCUAAAAGAUUUUCAAGCAAUUCAAAUAAAAAUGCAGAAGUUGAAGGUGCAAGAGAUGAGGACAAAAGGAAAGAGAGCGCGGUGCUUCCUUCUCCCAUUCCAUGGCGUUCUAGAUCAGGAAGAUUGGAACCUAAACAAGAAGAAGUUGAUGAUGCCUUUGCCCAUCAAUCUUCAAAGGAGGAAUCUGAGUUCUCUAAGGUGGAAUCUCGCGCAGCGAAGCCUCAAACUUCACGUUCUUUCCGAGCAAAUUCCUCGUCUCCUGUGCCUUCGUUCUCAUCAGAAUCACUUGCUAAAAACGCAGAGGAUUCAGUGAGGAAGAAAGGCUUCUACAAAUCUUGUCCUCCACCACCUCCACCACCCCCACCAAUGAUGUUUCAGAAAUCAGUGUCCAUGAAGCCAAGGUACGGUGGUUCAUCCAACGAACCUUCCUUCGAUAAGGAGUUGAAGAGAAGCUUCACAGUUGAGAGAAACAUGCCAGUGGGAAAAACACUUGAUGCAGAAAAACAAUCCAUACAACGCACGUCGUUCAGAAGUGACAAGUUCAUGGGGCAUGCAAGCGUGCCUCUCGUGUCACAGCCCGCUGAGAAACAAAGCUUUCUUGACAAGGUACUUGUGGACUCUGACGAUGAUGAUGAUGAAGAUGAUACGGAAAGCGAGGAUGAAGAUGUUGUAGGAGGAGGAAUCAUUGUGCAGAACGACGACAAUGAGAAGGGUCCACCUCUGAUCGGUAGAGAAAGUUCAAAAACAGAUGGAGGUUUCAGUGGAACAAGUGGUGAUGAAGGACCAGAUGUGGAUAAGAAGGCUGAUGAGUUCAUUGCUAAGUUUCGAGAGCAAAUAAGGCUUCAGAGAAUUGAGUCUAUCAAGAGGAGUACAAGGAAUGCAAGAAACUCUUCAAGGUAA